GGCCGCGGCUGGCGUCCGGCGGGGGCACACCGCCCGCCCGCCUCGGCGAUGACCACGGCCGGCGCCCCGGGCUCCCCACCCGCAGGGACUCCUGUGAGCAGCCUCCAUGAGGCCCUGGACCAGUGCAUGACCGCCCUGGACCUCUUCCUCACCAACCAGUUCUCAGAAGCACUCAACUACCUCAAGCCCAGAACCAAGGAGAGCAUGUACCACUCGCUGACGUAUGCCACCAUCCUGGAAAUGCAGGCCAUGAUGACGUUUGACCCCCAGGACAUCUUACGUGCUGGCAACAUGAUGAAGGAGGCGCAGUCACUGUGUCAGAGGCAUCGGAGGAAGUCCUCUGUAACAGAUUCCUUCAGCAGCCUGGUGCACCGCCCCACAAUGGACCAGUUCACGGAAGAGGAAAUCCACGCUGAGGUCUGCUACGCAGAGUGCCUGCUGCAGAGAGCAGCCCUGACCUUCCUGCAGGAUGAGAACAUGGUGAGCUUCAUCAAGGGUGGCAUCAGAGUUCGAAACAGCUACCAGACUUACAAGGAACUGGACAGCCUCAUGCAGUCCUCACAGUACUGCAAGGGAGAGAACCACAGGCACUUUGAAGGAGGGGUGAAGCUUGGUGUGGGAGCCUUCAACCUGACCCUGUCCAUGCUUCCUACUAGGAUCCUGCGGCUGCUGGAAUUUGUGGGGUUUUCAGGAAACAAGGACUAUGGGCUGCUGCAGCUGGAGGAGGGGGCGUCGGGGCACAGCUUCCGCGCCGUGCUCUGUGUCCUGCUGCUGCUGUGCUACCACACCUUCCUCACCUUCGUGCUCGGCACCGGGAAUGUCAACACUGAGGAGGCAGAGAAGCUUUUGAAGCCCUACCUGAAGCAGUACCCCAAGGGUGCCAUAUUCCUGUUCUUUGCGGGCCGGAUUGAAGCCAUUAAAGGCAAUAUUGACACGGCCAUCCGGCGGUUCGAGGAGUGCUGUGAGGCCCAGCAGCACUGGAAGCAGUUCCACCACAUGUGCUACUGGGAGCUGAUGUGGUGCUUCACCUACAAGGGCCAGUGGAAGAUGGCCUACUUCUACGCAGACCUGCUGAGCAAGGAGAACUCCUGGUCCAAGGCCACCUACAUCUACAUGAAGGCUGCCUACCUUAGCAUGUUUGGGAAGGAGGACUACAAGCCGUUCGGGGAUGACGAAGUGGAGUUGUUUAGAGCUGUACCAGGCCUGAAGCUCAAGAUUGCUGGGAAAUCUCUACCCACAGAGAAGUUUGCCAUCCGGAAGUCCAGACGCUACCUCUCCCCCAAACCUGUCUCAUUGCCAAUCCCUGCUCUGGAAAUGAUGUACAUUUGGAAUGGCUACGCGGUGAUUGGGAAGCAGCCGGAACUCACAGACGGAAUACUUGAGAUUAUCAUCAAGGCUGAAGAGAUGCUGGAAAAGGGCCCAGAGAAUGAGUACUCAGUGGAUGAUGAGUGCUUGGUGAAGUUGCUGAAAGGCCUCUGUUUGAAAUACCUGGGCCGUGUCCAGGAGGCUGAGGAGAAUUUCAGGAGCAUCUCUGCCAAUGAAAAGAAGAUUAAAUAUGACCACUACUUGAUCCCAAAUGCCCUGCUAGAGCUGGCCCUGCUGUUUAUGGAGCAAGGCAGAAAUGAAGAGGCUGUCAAACUCUUGGAAACUGCCAAGCAAAACUAUAAGAAUUAUUCCAUGGAGUCAAGGACACACUUUCGAAUCCAGGCAGCCACACUCCAAGCCAAGUCUUCCCUAGAGAAUGGCAACAGAUCCAUGGUCUCAUCAGUGUCCUUGUAGUUUUGUGCAGCACUCCCAGGCUGGAAGACAGAGUCAUCUGGACAGAGCUCCUGGAAACAUUUCAAAAAGGUCCCCUCCCCCUGCCCUGCCUUUGGGGUCCACUGGUGCUCCAGUGGGAUGGCAUGACAUAGGUCUCUGUGCAGA